AUGUGCUAUGCGUCGCAAACUCAUUACGCAUCUACAGUCUCGCCGUACUCGUGGUUUGGCUUCACCAAUGCCGUUCGCUACCGGCCACUUCUCAACGCGUAUGGCGUCUCGGUCGAGAUAUUCCCAUUCUACCUGGGUGCCGCGCGUGUCAGCGCUGGAAACCCAUUCACGCCGACACCGAAGUACAAGGAGGCUUUCGGCGAGCAAGAUUUCACCUUGACCGGCGAGAUGCUGGGGUUGAAAGCGGUCCGGCCCAAGGAGUUCCCGAUCCUGUCCCUAUUCGCCGUCCGCGUCGCGACUUGGGUCAAAGACCACUAUCCGGCUGAAAAAUUCGAGCAAACCUUCCCGGCGUUCAGUGUGGCAUACUGGAGCAAGGGCAUCAAUAUCUCGAAGCCGGAAGGUGUGAUCAAGGCCCUGGCCGGCAUCUUCAGCGAGGAGGAAAUCAAGGACAUUAUGAAGAACGCUCUCAGUCGGGAGAACAAACAGCGCGUCGUCGAGUUGACGAACAGUGCUGGCGCAUUCGGCGCGCCCUGGAUCCAAGCUGUCAAUUCCAAGGGCCAUCGGCGAGAUUGGUUCGGAAACGAUCGAUGGGACCAGGUCUUCUAUCAUCUCGAGGUCCCCUUCACCACAACGAGGAUAAUUCCUCCCGACGAGCUUGAAGCGAAAGCGAAAUUGUGA